AUGACGAGCUCAAAGCGGAAAACGAGCACCCCGGAGGCCAGAGUCGCCCAACCGGAUGAACACGGCUUCUUCAACAAUUGGGGGAAGAUCAGACACAUGUUCCGCGAACCGCUGGCCGAGUGGCUGGGCACGACGAUCGCAAUGACGCUGGGUCUCUGCGCGGGCCUGCAGACAUACACCUCGCAGAACCAGGCGGGGUCGUUUCCAUCCCUCGCGCCGGCGUGGGGGUUCGGCUUCAUGAUUGCCAUCUACAUGGCGGGCGGGGUAUCCGGUGGGCAUCUGAACCCGGCGAUUACAAUCAGCUUGUCCGUGUGGCGCGGGUUCCCCGCAAAGAAGUGCGUGAUGUACGUCGCCGCGCAGAUCGUCGGCGGCAUCACGGCAGGCGGGAUCGCGUACGCGCUGUACCACGACGCCAUCGUCGACUCGGCGCUGACGAACCAUGUCGCGCAGAACCAGUCGCUGGCGAAGCAGGCGCUGCUUACCGCUCCCAAGGACUUUGUGCACCCUGUGACCGCGUUCUUCAAUGAGUUCGUGGGCACGGCGGUCCUGGUCGGCACGAUCAUGGCGCUGGGAGACGAUACCAAUGCUCCUCCGGGGGCGGGCAUGCAGGCUUUCAUCCUGGGGAUCUUGAUCAGCGUGCUCGUUCUCGCGUUGGGGUAUAACACUGGAGGAUGCUUCAACGGCGCCCGAGACUUUGGUCCCAGACUGGUAGCCCUCAUGGCCGGCUGGGGCGGCCAGCUCUUCCGCGAACAACAUGCCUGGUGGAUCUGGGGACCCUGGGCUGCGGAUAUCACCGGCGGACUGUUCGGUGCAUUUAUCUACGACCUAGCGAUCUUCACCGGCGGAGAGAGUCCGAUCAACUAUCCGCCUCGACGACGCAAGCGGGCGCUGCUGAUCAAGCAGAAGAAUCUAAGGCACAAGUUUCGGUUUGGGCGCAGGAAGAUUCGGGACUUGGAGAGAGCUGUCCAGGAGGUUGAGAGGUAG